AUGAAGACCUAUGUAUUCUCAGUACUUCUUACUCUUGCAAGCUUUUUAGUCUUCUCCGAAGCCAGCUUCGAUGGUAACAUCAACUAUGGAAGUCCCUCGCCUCGACAUACGCAGUUCGGCAUCGAUGUCGAUCAAGUCCAGCGACGUUCCUGGAAGCGUGGCAACAUCGCAUUCAAGCCAGAGGAGCUGAACUUUACCCAUGGUGUUGCCUCAGGCGAUCCAUGGCCCAACAGUGUUAUACUGUGGACUCGAAUUGCCCCAACCAAUGUCUCCUCCGCUGACACCGCGCCGAUUGAUGGAACCGAACCGCUUUACAGCCAUGAGACCAAGAAGUUUAUAGAGGCUGAUCCUAACCCUAUCUGCGUGCACUGGAAAGUCUUUCCAGUUGGGAAGAAGGACUCAAAGUCAGUCGUUAGCAGUGGAAAGGCGUAUACUACAGCGGAUAUUGACUACACAGUGAAGGCAUGUUCCCAUACCAAGUUCAACAUCUGCAACUCGAAAAAGUCAAGCCCUCUCGGAAGAACUAAGACAGCACCUCGGCCCGAUGAUGAUGUGUCGGAGAUCAACUUAGCAGUCUUCUCAUGUAGCGCAUACUUUCCAGGAUAUUUUAACGUCUACGGUAAUGCUGCCCGGAAAGAUAACCACGACUGGGUUGUUCAUCUUGGUGACUAUAUCUACGAAUAUGGCACCUAUACACUGUUCAAGGAGCGCGGCUCCAUUCCACAACACCCGACGUAUUCUUUAUAUGACUACCGUGCACGCCACGGACAGCACCGGACUGAUCCAGACUUGCAACUCUUGGCCCAAAACUCAGCUUGGAUCACAACCUGGGAUGACCACGAACUUGCCGAUAACGCGUACAGAGAUGGGUAUGUCGACUUCUUCGACCAGCCAAAUACCUUCAAGGGAGAAGGUCCGAAGGUGGCCACGGAUGCUCGCAAAGCCAAUGCUGUUCGCGCGUACUUUGAGUGGAUGCCGAUCAGGCAGACUGAUAUGGACGAUGGCCUCCGUGUAUGGAGAUCUUUCAAGUUGGGAAAGCUGAUGGAUCUCGUGAUGCUGGACACAAGAUUGUAUGACCGAAGUAAAGGAGUCGACUACGUCAACGAGAAGUAUAUCGAGAAAAUCAGCGACGAUCCGAGUAGGACUUUGAUGGGAGGGCGACAGGAGAAUUGGUUCUACCGCUCCUUGUCCGAAUCCAAGGAUAGGAACGCAACCUGGCGAGUGAUCGGGAACCAGAUCGUAUUCUCUCACAUCAAAGGGGAUGCGGCUGGAGGGGGAGACACCUGGGAUGGCUAUAUCGCAAACCGAAAUAGAACACUUAAUCAUCUAUACAAGAACAAGAUUGACAACAACAUCUUCCUGUCGGGAGAUAGUCAUAUGAACUGGGUAUCUGACUUAGCGUGGCUGGGCACUAAGAAGUACGACCCCAAGACGGGAAAGGGUGCCAUUGGGGCUGAAUUCGCGGGCACAGCCGUGAGUUCAUGGGGCACAUCGGGUCUCAAGUCCAUCGAGCCUGACGCAGGAAAGCUGUCUCGUAAAGCUAUUGCCGAGAACAAGGAGCUCUUCUGGCAGGAGGGCUACUACCGUGGCUAUUUUCAGUUAUCAGUCACUCCAAAGGAUGUCUCAGCUCAAUUCUUUGGCUCGCCAUCAAUUGCGACUCAUAACGCUUGGGAGAUCCCAUUAGCUAAUUUUACGGUUCUUGCUGGAGACAAUCACAUCCAUCGGCCUAACGAUGGCGUCCAGGCUGAAUCUGGAGCCCUGAAGUCCGGAGAUAUAAAGCACACAAACUUGACGCUAAAUACGGAGACCGGGCUUUGGAAAAUUCAAGGUUUUGACAAGAUGUACCUUAACCCAGAGCCUAGUUUCCUUGGCUCAUCCUAA